AUGACGAGUUUGAAGCGUUCAUAUGCUGCCGACAGCGCUGCGCCAAAUCUGUCGAGCAAGGUCUACAUCCGUUCGACAAAGAGUGGCAAGGUCCAGAAAAUUGUUCGCGAGCUAUACUUGCGCGAAGAUAUCCCUUGCUCGUCAAGACUAUGCGCCCAUUGUCUCGAGAUUGCUCCUACCGACUACCAUAACAAGGGUAUUUCUCUUGAAACCGCCUUCCACGAUGUCAUUGUGCUGCAGACCGUUCUGGAGGAGGUCAAGAACCGCUCUCUUCCGCUGUACCAUCGCCUUAUCAGUUUAACCAAGAACGAUGGCAAGCGCUUUUACGUCUUCUUCAAUGACUUCAGAUUGCAAACUUAUGUUGUUCGCGACGACAAGGAGACCAUCAACGACAGAAAUGAUCGCGCUGUUCGUCGUGCUGUCAAAUGGUACGCCGACCAUCUCGAGGAAGCCGUCAGCAAACGCAAAUCUAUCAGAUGUCCAUCUGUCAUUAUGAUCAGUGACGAUCGUGACAACCUCCGCAAGGCCAAGAACGAUGGCAUCACUGGACUCUCAUUGCGCGAUUAUGUUUCUGGAUUGGAUGAUUCGGAGCGCUUGUUGGACAUGGUCAGUUCUGGACAGGAGCAGAGAGUCGGCAAGCAAACAAAGGGCGAAAUGCUCUACCCAGAUUACUUCUCCGUCUCAAAAAUGAUUACUGGUGUCAAGGCUGGAACUAUGCACCAAGGAACCUUCAACGUAUCGCCCUACAACUAUCUGGAAGGAUCUGUCUUCGUACCUGCAUUCGACAAGCCAUUGCUUAUUAUCGGAAGAGAAAACAGCAACAGAGCAAUUUCUGGAGACAUUGUGGUUGUCGAGGUUCUGCCCAAAGAUCAGUGGAAGGCUCCUUCGUCAAAAAUCCUGGAAGAAGAAGUUGUCAACAAGAAUGACAACGCUGAUGCGGAUGAGGGUGAGGCCGUCAUUACGCAGCAAGAAAAGCGCGCAUUGCAGGAAGAGGUCAAGAAGACACACGGAAAGAGUGCCGAAGGAAGACCGCAGCCCACCGCUCGCGUGGUUGGCAUUAUCAAGCGCAACUGGCGUCAGUACGUUGGUCAUGUCGACAAAGACUCUGUAAAGUCAUCCACAAAGCAGAGCCGUGCACAGCAGACUGUCUUCUUGAUCCCUAUGGACAAGCGCAUCCCGAAGAUCCGUAUUCGUACUCGCCAAGCUGGAGAUCUACUCGGCAAGCGUUUGCUGGUUACCAUCGAUGCUUGGGAUAGAGAGUCGAGGUACCCUGUUGGUCAUUUCGUUCGUUCUCUUGGUGAGCUUGAGACAAAGGGCGCCGAGACCGAAGCUCUGUUAUUGGAGUGGGAUGUACAGUACCGACCAUUCCCCAAGACCGUUCUGGAUUGCUUACCUGCCGAGGGUCAUGAUUGGAAGGUGCCUGAGGACAAGUCCGAUCCUGGCUGGAACAAGAGAAGAGACCUGCGCGAUCUGUUGAUUUGCAGUAUCGAUCCUCCUGGUUGUGUUGAUAUCGAUGACGCUCUACACGCCAGGACGCUUCCUAACGGCAACAUUGAAGUUGGUGUACAUAUUGCUGAUGUCUCCAACUUCGUCAAGCCAAACAACGCCAUGGAUCAAGAAGCAAGUCUGCGAGGUACCACCGUCUACCUGGUCGACAAGCGUAUCGACAUGUUGCCCAUGCUGCUUGGUACCGAUCUCUGUUCUCUCAAGCCUUACGUCGAACGUUUUGCUUUCUCGGUCAUCUGGGAGCUUACGCCUGACGCCGACAUCGUGCGCGCUGACUACACCAAGUCGGUCAUCAAGUCAAGAGAGGCAUUCGCCUACGAGCAAGCCCAGAUUCGUCGUAUGGAUGCUGGUGCUCUGAAUCUGGCCAGUCCUGAAGUGCGUGUUCAAACCGAGUCAGAAACUGCCGAUCCCGCAGAUGUGCAGACCAAGCAACACUUGGAUACUAUGUCGUUGGUGGAGGAGUUCAUGCUUCUCGCCAAUACCAGUGUCGCCGCUCGCAUCUACGAAGCCUAUCCUCAAACUGCCUUGCUGCGUCGCCACGCUGCACCACCAAAGACAAACUUCGAAGAGCUGUCGAACCAGCUACGAGUAAAGCGUGGCAUGGAGCUACGGACAGACAGCUCCAAGGCUCUUGCCGACUCACUAGACACUUGCGUGGAUCCAUCAGAGCCCUUCUUCAACACUCUCGUUCGCAUUAUGGCCACUCGAUGCAUGAUGUCAGCCGAAUACUUCUGCUCGGGCACCCAAGCAUAUCCCGAGUUCCGUCAUUACGGUCUUGCCAGCGAGAUCUACACUCACUUCACCUCCCCCAUUCGUCGUUAUGCCGAUCUGGAAGCGCAUCGUCAACUUGCUGCCGCCAUCGAUUACGAACCUCUGGAUGCUAGUCUUCUCUCCAAGGCCAAGUUGGAAGGCGUAUGCAAGAACAUCAACGUGCGUCACCGCAAUGCUCAGAUGGCCGGUCGUGCUAGUGUCGAGUACUACGUUGGACAAGCGCUCAAGGGCCGCGUCGUUGACGAAGACGGCUUCGUCAUGCGCGUGUUCUCCAACGGUAUCGUUGUCUUUGUCCCCAGAUUCGGUAUCGAAGGUUUGAUUCGUCUGCGCGAUCUCGCCACUCCUGAACCCGAAAGCGAGUUCGACACUGAGAACUAUGUCCUCAAGAUCAAGGGUGAGGGUAUUGAUAGAAGUGUGGAGCUGUUCGAGAAGGUCAAGGUUAGGAUCUCGGACGAGGCUGAGGAAAGCACUGGUAAGAGAAAGGUCAAGCUCUCGCUCUUGUAA